UUGUGCAUCACUCUCAGCCCACCAGUCUUGGGUGUUUCCUCUGCCCUUUCGGGGCUCCGGGCGCCCUGACGAGCACAGCGGCCGGGCCGCCUCUCCUCAGCUAGGUGGCGGCUCCGCAGCCCCGGAUGCGGCCGUAGGGCACGGGAAUGGAUCUUGGCGGCUGUGAGAAGCUCCUGCCCGAGGAGAGCAGGAGGGAGCACUGGCAGUUGCUGGGCAAUUUGAAGACUACUGUUGAAGGUUUGGUGUCAGCCAAUAGCCCCAAUGUUUGGUCCAAGUAUGGUGGCCUGGAGCGGCUUUGUAGGGACAUGCAGAGCAUUCUCUAUCAUGGGCUCAUACAUGACCAGGUUUGUUGCCGCCAAACUGAUUACUGGCAAUUUGUGAAAGACAUCCGGUGGCUUAGUCCCCACUCAGCCCUUCAUGUAGAGAAGUUCAUCAACUUACAUGAGAAUGGCCAGAAUAAUGCCGAUGGUGUGAGUGAGCAUGCUGUUGCAGAGUUGUGGCUACAGCACAGCUUACAGUGCCACUGCCUCUCAGCCCAGCUUCGACCUCUGCUUGGGGAUAGACAGUAUAUUAGAAAAUUCUACACAGAUACUGCUUUCCUGCUAAGCGAUGCCCACGUCACAGCCAUGCUUCAAUGCCUGGAAGCUGUGGAACAGAACAACCCCCGCCUCCUGGCUCAGAUUGAUGCAUCUAUGUUUGCCAGAAAGCACGAGAGCCCACUGCUGGUAACAAAGAGCCAGAGCCUGACAGCUCUGCCUGGUUCUACAUGUACCCCUCCAACCAGCUAUGCUCAGCAUUCCUACUUUGGGUCCUCCUCUGGUCUCCACCAAUCUGUGCCCAACCACAGUUCAGAAAGAAGAUCUACUUCCUUUUCCCUCUCCAGCAUUCCCCAGAAACCUCAAGAAAGCAGAGGACACCUCUCACUAGCAGAGGAUCAAACCAUCCAAGCUCCCGAGCUUUCAGACUCUGCAGUAGCCAGGGAUUCUGCAUUGACCCCAAAUGAGAUGAGCUCCAGCGCUCUGACCAGCCCUAUAGAGGCAUCCUGGGUUAGCAGCCAGAAUGAUUCGCCAAGCGAUGCCAGUGAGGGACCUGAGUACCUGGCCAUUGGCAACCUGGACCCCCAUGGCCGGACUGCCAGCUGUCAGAGUCACAGCAGCAAUGCUGAAAGUAGCAGUUCCAAUUUGUUCUCCUCUGAUAGCUCCCAGAAGCCAGAUUCUGCUUCUUCUUCUUUAGGGGACCAAGAGGGUGGGGGGCAGAGUCAGCUGUCCAAUGUCCUUCGAAGAUCUAGCUUCUCAGAGGGGCAGACUGUCACUAUCUCCAGUGGGACAAAGAAGAGCCAUAUUCGUUCCCAUUCAGAUACCAACAUUGCCUCCAGAGGAGCCCCAGAGGGUGGUCAGUACCUGUGCUCAGGAGAGGGCAUGUUCCGAAGACCAUCAGAAGGACAGUCCCUCAUCAGCUAUCUCUCUGAGCAAGACUUUGGUAGCUGCGCAGACCUUGAAAAGGAGAAUGCACACUUCAGCAUUUCAGAGUCCUUGAUUGCUGCCAUCGAGCUAAUGAAGUGCAACAUGAUGAGCCAAUGCCUAGAAGAAGAGGAAGUAGAAGAAGAAGACAGUGAUAAAGAAAUCCAGGAACUGAAACAGAAGAUCCGCCUUCGGCGCCAGCAGAUCCGCACCAAGAAUCUGCUCCCUAUAUACCAGGAGACUGAGCAAGGAAGCUUUCGGGUCACCUCCAGUAGCUCCCAAUUUAGUUCCCGUGAUUCAGCACAGUUCUCUGAUUCUGGCUCUGGUGAUGAAGUUGAUGAAUUUGAAAUCCAAGAUGAUAGCGAAGGAUCUAACCUGAAUCACAUGUCAAAGAACGGACUCUCAGUGUCAAUGGCCUCCAUGUUUUCAGAUGCUGACAUCAGAAGGUGCACAGCCUCAAACAGCAAACCCUUCAUUUCUUCCCAGUCCUUUUCCCAUUGCUUCCUGCAUUCCACUUCUGCUGAGGCGGUGGCUAUGGGGCUCCUGAAGCAGUUUGAGGGGAUGCAGCUUCCAGCUGCCUCAGAGUUAGAGUGGCUAGUCCCGGAACAUGAUGCCCCUCAGAAGCUUCUGCCCAUCCCUGACUCACUGCCCAUCUCACCAGAUGAUGGGCAGCAUGCGGACAUUUAUAAACUGCGUAUCCGCGUUCGUGGCAACCUGGAGUGGGCCCCACCCCGGCCUCAGAUAAUCUUUAAUGUUCAUCCAGCACCAACGAGGAAGAUUGCUGUGGCCAAGCAGAAUUACCGCUGUGCCGGAUGUGGCAUCCGGACUGACCCUGAUUAUAUCAAACGGCUGCGGUACUGUGAGUACUUGGGAAAGUACUUCUGUCAGUGCUGUCAUGAGAAUGCUCAGAUGGUUAUCCCUAGCCGGAUUCUGCGCAAGUGGGAUUUCAGCAAGUACUACAUCAGCAAUUUCUCUAAGGACCUGCUCAUUAAGAUAUGGAACGAUCCUCUCUUCAAUGUGCAGGACAUUAACAGCACUCUCUAUAGGAAGGUCAAGCUGCUCAAUCAAGUCCGACUGCUGCGGGUCCAGCUGUAUCACAUGAAGAACAUGUUUAAGACAUGCCGACUGGCCAAAGAGCUUCUGGAUUCCUUUGACACAGUCCCAGGCCACCUGACAGAGGAUCUCCACCUAUAUUCCCUGAGUGACCUGACCACAACCAGGAAAGGGGAGCUGGGGCCCCGGCUUGCCGAGCUCACCAGGGCAGGGACUGCCCAUGUAGAGCGAUGCAUGCUCUGCCAAGCCAAGGGCUUUAUCUGUGAGUUCUGUCAGAAUGAGGAGGAUAUCAUCUUUCCUUUUGAGCUCCAUAAAUGUCGGACCUGUGAAGAGUGUAAAGCAUGUUAUCAUAAAGCUUGUUUCAAGUCUGGAAGCUGUCCCCGGUGUGAGCGGCUACAGGCGCGGCGGGAGUUGCUGGCCAAGCAGAGCCUGGAGUCCUACAUGUCAGACUAUGAAGAGGAACCCACUGAAGCCUUGGCUCUAGAAGCCACUGUCCUGGAGACCACAUGAAGAAAGCACUUUAAGCCCUCUGUCUAGGGCCUGGGAUCACAUAUAAUGCAGAACUGAGCCACUGUUAUGAGGACUUUCCCCAGUUGGGGCUUUUUAAAAAAUUCAUUAUCAUUGUUUUUUUUUUUUUAUUUUAAUAACUUGUCUGACGUCCAUGUGUCAUCAACCUUUGUUAGGUUGAUGGGUCCAGUCUCUUGUGACAGAUAAUUUGACCAGGUAUUUCCAUCAGAACUGACAUGCGGGUCUUUAGAGCUUCUAGUGCCUCUUGUCAGGGGAAUGGACAGUGAAAACCAAUUCUUCUGACAUCCAUGGCCUUCUUCACUAGGAUGGGAUUGGUUGUAGAUGCAUCUGAUUUCCACUUUUACUUUGUUUUUGUACUGGAGCUUCGAACCAGGCCUUUCUCAACCAACUCUUCUUCUUUGCUGCUGAAACAAGGGGAUAAGUUUUCUCUCUCCCAGUCCUGCAAUAGGAUCAGACUGUGUCCUAGAGAAGCAGCAGAGAAUGGACAUUCUCUCCAGUUUGAUUGGGUACUCUGGGAGCCAAAGAACAGAUCAUUACCUUCCCAGAAUCCUUAGAGACCUCAAGGAAGCAGCCAUCAUUUUCCUGUUUGAAAUAUUCUGAGCAUAGAUGAUGUCACAAGCUAAAUUUCUUUAUCUACUCUGCUGGGCUAAAGCAAAGAACAGAACUGAGGCUUAGGCCAAUCUAAUUUGUAGCCUACACCACAAGCAUAAAUGAGGCUCUGUUACAGAAGGAGCAUGUAUUUAUUUAGAGGAGCUGUUGGCCUCCUCUUAAGUGGUCAGGUCUCCUUAAUUAACCUAACUCAAAAUGAGUGUAGGUAUGAUAUUUCAAGCUCAGGCAAGUCCCUGAUGCCAUCCUAAGUGAGGACAGAAACCCCACCCACCAUCUUACUAGUGGGUUCCUUGCUGCUCUGUCCUGUUUAGUGGUCAUUGUAGUUCUGAAUAAAGCCCAACUUCAUUCUCUGUCCCCUUCCUGCAACAGGGCUGGGACCCUCUGUGGUAACUGAUCUCUUGCCUUAUUUUCUUUUCUCAGAGUUGGGGUUAAACAUUCCCCCAUUGGUAAUAUUAGAGAACUUGACAAUUUGUGGAUGUGAAUGUGAAUGUUCCUGUGUUCUUGGAAUAACAAGAACCUUUCUGCCGAUUAUGUACUUAACUCUAUCUAGCCUGAUGAUAUUCAUUAGUUCAGUCAUCCUUUUCAUAUUAUAAUUUUAACAUACUCCCACUCCCCACUUUAAUGUGUAUUUUGACAGGAAAAGGUCUUGGAUGGGACAGGGUAUAGGUUCGAGCUAUAAGUUGCUAUAGUUCCUAACCUCAAUGUAAAACACUGGUCAGGGUUGCUUUUCUGAGGGCUGGCAGCUCUGUGAACUAAAGCCCACAGCAUUUUUGUUCUGGGACCGACUUCUUCCUGUAUACCUGUUUUCCCAUGGUUGGUUGCUAGUGGAAAACAAGUGGCUUGGGUACUUCCCCAGGAAACCAAACAGCAAGUUGCACAAGGUUGGUGGAAGCCAAUAAGUGCCUGAGCUAAAUGUACCAAGGAGUCUCACAAAGAAGUGAAAGGGGUGUUAAGGUAAUAGCCAAAGCUGAGGCUCUACCAGAACAAGAGGGAACAUGUGGGAAUUGGCCCACAGUGUUGAUUCCUCUUCCUCAAACUUGGGCUCAGAGGGCUACGUCAGGCUAGAGACCCUGAUGCUGUUCUUUGAGUUCAUGGUGAAGCUCUGAAAGCCAAGCUUUGAAGGACUAGAACUUCCAGGAACUUUGGGAAUGACCCCACAUAAUUGAAGUCUCACUAAGGAUUAGGCCCCAGAUUUAGGCUGAGAGAUUUGUUAAGUAUGAUGAGCUCUACUUCCAGUUUUGGUUUAAGUUUCAAAUCCAGCUCCUUGCUCCAAGUCACUACACUGGAGGAGAGAGAGACUCUCUUAUUGUCUGUCCUGCUUUUUUCAUAUCAACAUAGGAUCAAAGCUGAAUCCAACAAUCUGACAUGCUCCUGAGUUUUCACUGUUUUUCUCUACCUCCCUGGCCCCAUCCCUUUACAUUGUGUGUUUUGGUGGCUUGGACACUAUGCUAUCAUAACUGUCCAAAUACUCAUUUAUUUAUUUGAGAGAGGGCAGAGGAUAGGAUGUUUUGAAAGCACUUUGCAACUUAACAGUAUCUGAGAAGCUCCUGCUGAUGUGGGGAGAAUCUUCUGAAUGCACUUAAGAGAGCUUCUUCUAAAUAAAGCAGGAGGGGGAAAAGUAUUCUUUUCUGUACAUAAAGGGGGGGGGAAAUGUUUACUUACAAGGUGGGGACAAGAUUCAAGAAAGUGCAGAAGGCAAACAUUUGUCACUUAAAUGAGGCCAUUACUAACUUUCUUUGCCAAAGUUUUAGAGCUUUUGUUGAAUUAAAAGGAGCAAAAAUCUAAAUAGAGAUGUUCUGUGAGUGUACAACUCAUGUUUUGAACUGGAUUGAUAUCUACUUGCUAUAGUUGUCACACAGCCUAACAGUUCAUUGUCAUCUUUAAUAAACUAAGGAAAUAAAAUUCUUCCUUUUGUUUGCCUGUCUUGACUA